AUGACGAGCGGUGCGAAUGCGAGGAGACGUGGCAUUGCUCGAUUUUGGCGGCGAUUGCGGGCGGACAGUGUUCUUGGGCAUCGCUUCCAGUUCAGGGGCGAAAGGCGAGACAUUAUCUCGGGGCUGAAUUGCCCUCCAACGCCAUCGACUGGCUUUGCCUAUCGACGAAAUUCUACGCGCUUACCGGUACUUCUCGUAACUUCAAUCGGCUUCUUUCACGCUCUCCUACAGCAUCGGCCGUGA